CGGAAGGGUUUCGCCGAUCAAAAUGGGGUUCGUCACUUCGGUGGUCGUCCUGCUCGCGUUUUCGACGAUCGUUUUAUCGGAACCAAGCUUAGAAAGGACGCGGAUUGCGAUACCAAGGUGCUGCCGAUCCGGCGAGACGCUGGUCGAAGGAUCGGAGGGUGAAGUUGGCAGGUGCCAACCGACAAAAGCGAAGUGGCAGCCCUUGAUAUUCUCGCAGACGACCCUAUCGCAAAUCCCCAUACCAGAGGACUGGGACAUUCGAGAGAAAACGCGUCCGCACUGCGGAGUCGACAAGGUCCUGAGCUUCUACCCGAACUCGAAGACCCAACCGUUCAUCUUCUUCGACAGUGGUCUCCUGAUACUACACAGUGGUUCCGGGAUGACCUACGACCCCAAUAAUUACUGCGCCGAAAACGAUGCGUUGCUUCUCUGCAGAGGAAAGGAGGAACUGAAGCCGAUGGUCUUCCAAUGCUGUGGAAUCGGGGCCACUUUGUCACAGGACAAAUCGCAGUGCACCGUAAUGCCGGAAAACUCUCCGGCCGAUAGUUUCGUCGUACCGAACGCUACCAGUUACGAUAUUAUAUUGGAUUUUCCUAACUGCGAUCAGGCGGGAAAUUAUUCGGUAAUCGGCGAGGUGACUGAUGCAUACAUCAUGAAAAAUGGAACUCUAAUUUACGAUCAUCUCAACAUUCCUCCAGGACAGUUUUGCAUCGAGAAUACUUACGAUAUGAAAUCGGUCAAGGUUAUCGCUUGUACGGAACACGCUAAAGUCAGGGCUGCAAUCGACCAGGAAACUAGCCCACACUACACACUAUAUGCGGUCGGAUUCCUGAUCAGCGUUGUAUUCCUGGCGGCCACCCUUGCAGCCGGAUGGCUGUUGCCAACAGCCCACCAUGUCCUCCACUGGCGGUGCCAGACACAGCACGUUGUCUGCCUGAUGCUGGCCGACCUUCUCAUGGCCAUCAUAUACCUCGGCAGCAAGUCGCUACAUCCGAAUGCCUGCAAAUCCAUAGCGGUAUUGACCCACUUCUUCUUUCUGGCGGCAUUCUUCUGGCUGAACACCAUGUGCUUUAACAUCUGGUGGACUUUCAGAGACUUGAGGCCGGCGAGUCUGGAAAAGGGCCAGGAAAUUUUGAGGCUUAGGGUGUACGCCUGUUACGCUUGGGGCGGUCCUCUCUUUAUAGCCGGUUUAGCAGCACUGCUUGACAAUCUACCGGAACAACCUGGACUCAUAUUUCUCAGACCACGUUUCGGCGAGAAAUACUGCUGGUUUUACGGAAGCAUGGAGAGCCUGACUUAUUUCUUUGGACCAGUUGGCAUUCUGCUGACAAUCAACGUUCUGCUCUUCGCUGCUACAGCUCGCGAGCUUACAUGUGGUCUAUGGAAGCGUGAAGUAGUCAAGAGUACAACGGAGAGAGCCGCACUAGGACGCGUUUGCAUGAAGCUGGUCGUCGUCAUGGGAGUGACCUGGGUUGUAGACCUUAUUUCGUGGAUCGCCGGAGGUCCCCAGUAUCUAUGGUACUUCCCAGACAUGGUCAACGCACUCCAGGGAGUCUUCAUAUUCGCAGUUGUUGGCUGUCAACCUCAAGUUUGGACCGCUUUGAAAAGACUGUGCAACAGAAAUCCACGUACAAAUGCCGGAAGACAAGGAAACGCAGUGAGCACAACGAGCAACGGAAUGCCAAGCAUGGGUGACAGCGUCACACAGAAUCAGAGCACGAAAUCUGUGCCGUUAGAAACUAUCUGCUAGAG